CUCAUGCACGCCGACUCCUCCGUCUCCCUCUACCCCCGCCUCUCCCCUCUCUCCCUCCCCUCCUCUUCCUCCCUCCCCCUCCCCAGACCCUCGUCCCCGCCCCUUCCUCCUCCUCCGCCUUCCUCCUCCUCCUCCGCCGGCGGGACGGCGGCGGCGGCGGGGAGGGCGAGGGCGAGUCCUCGCGGGUCGUCUUCCUCGUCUCCGGGCCGCACCGGGGCGGGUCCCAAAUCCUGCUCCGCUUCUACGUCCUCCAGAGCAGCGGCGGCGGCGGCGGCGACAGGUUCGCUAGGGCUCGGGUCGUUUGCAAGCAGAAAGGCCUCACCUUUGACCCCGGCUUGGGGGUUGUGUUCGAUAAUCGUCAUGGGGUUUCGAUUAAGAUUUCUGGGUCGACGAAUUUCUUCGCCAUGUACUCGAUUUCGAGCGGCAAGAUUUGGGUUUUCGCGGUCAAGGGCUUGGGAGAUGGGGGUGCUGGCGGUGGGGGUGGCGAUGGGGGUGAUUUGGAGUUGAUGCGGUGUGCGGUAAUUGAGUGUUGCAAGCCGGUUUGGUCGAUUAGUUUUUCUUUCGGGUUGAUGGUCUUGGGGGAGGAGAAUGGGGUUCGGGUUUUCAAUCUGAUGGCUCUUGUUAAGGGAGGAAGCAAGAGAGUCAGGAAUUUGAAUUCAAAUGGGAAGCUUGGUAAUCGCCGCUUGCCUAAUGGAGUGACUGGAAGUGGGAUUGGGGGAAAUUUGGAGAAUGCUCGCAAUGUUAGUUUGGGAGGGAAGAAUGAUAAGCACCCUGCAUCUGUGAAACAGUCAACAGUCAAGUUAAAGCAAGAGGCCAAUGAUGGGAGUUCUUGUUUUGUGACAUUGAAGAGCGAGGAUAGUGCAGACUCGACUUCUAUGUCCACGCCAGUGACGUCACUUAAAGCGCUUUACAUCCAGCCUUUGUCCCCAAGAUCCUUCAUUGUUUUGGAUUCAGUUGGAGAUUUACACCUUGUAUGCCUGCCAAAGUCCAAGGCACCCACUGCUUCUGAUGUUAAUUUCCAUUUGAAGCAUAUGCCUCAUGUCAUGAAAGUGCACCACUUGACUGCUUUUCCUGAUAUUGCAAUGAGUUCGGGAACUAUUUGGAUAGACGAUGGAUAUAAUACUGUGCACAUGAUGGUUGGAUUUGACAUGGAGGCUGCUAAUGAUGCAAAUGAUGGAAAUCAGAGUCGUGAAAGGCUGAUGCAGAUUUCAGUUGCCCAAGCAAUUUUUACGAGCGAAAAGAUUCAAAGUGUCAUUUCGCUGGCAUCAAAUGCUAUUUUGAUUCUUGGACAAGGAAGCCUGUAUGCAUAUGCUGUUUCCUAAGUCGCUCAUGAGUACAUUUUACCUGGUCCCUGGGUACUUGCAUGUUUUGAGGUUCUGAAUUGUUCCUGAACUGAAGUUUAAAAUCAGUGUGUGAUGAAAUUAAGUGGAUUCGCUGCAAUUUCAGUUGGUCAUGGUCCUAUAUCUGCUGUUUGCUGGGCUUAGAUGUCUGGUUGUCAAAAUUGGGAGCUGCAGCAUUCUCUUGCAUCUAAAUAUUUUGAGGACCUCGAGAAGACUGAGCUCUUGGAGGUACUAUUGUCACUGCCACUUUCCUUUGUGAAAGUACAGGUGCAAGGACUGGUUAAUUGCCCAUAAAGGAUUUCAAAAUUUGGAUCUCUGACGAUUGAAAGCACCAAUGUGGCAUGCCAUGCUUCUGUGUGCUCCUGGCUGCAGAAUCUACCACUUUGCUAUCCAUGUUUAUGGGCACUUGCAGAGGCUGCACUUGCAUCUCUUCACUGCCGAGGUAGCAUUUGCAGAAUCUAUAUGCCUUUCCAUCAGAUGAAGGUCUGCAAUCGAUGUGAGGUCAGAUAGACUAGAGGCCCCUCUAGUCACUAUUAUGUCAAAAACAGGAUGAGGGCCCAAUGCUAUAUCCCUUCUUCUGUAUUCAGAGGCUUUAAGGCUUACCUUCGACUCGUAUUGGUCUUUCUCCUUUACAAGAAUCACGUGCUCCUGUUGAAACAGGACCAUCUUAAGUUUGUUAUGUAAACAGGAGUCGACGUCAUCACAUAUUCAAGCCAUUUAAUGCUUUUGAGUGGUCAAAUUAA